AAUAUGACAGCCGACUUGCCGCUCUCUCUCUGAAUUUCUUCACCAGCCAAACAUGGCAAAAGCGCAGGCAUACGAACUCCUUGAACGGCUGCCCAUCUGCGACCUCUAAUGAUUUGCCAAUUCUGGAGCGGAGCGACGCAACAGCCCAUAUAAAAAAUAGGCAAACGUCCAUGGAUUCAACUCCUGAAUUUCCCUCAAAUUUGGCUCCCUCCUCCGCUGGCCCCUCCGUACCGUCUCUCCCUUUCCGCCAUCGCAAUCUUUUCUUCCGCGAGGGAAGGGAAGGUUCCGGCCUAGGGAGGUUGGGAUCAGGAAGCGCCGCGGAGCGGCAGCGGAAGGAGAGAAGCAGAGGAGCGGCCGGCGACCGAGCAUGUCGCGCCGGGGCCAGCACGCCCUGCUGCUCCUCUCCGCCGUCGUGGCGUCCCUCGUCCCCGGCUCGACGGCCGGGGUGUACCACAUCGUCGGCGCCGGCAAAGGGUGGCGGAUGCCCCCCAACAAGACGUACUACGACGACUGGGCGCGCACCAGGCACAUCAGCAUCGGCGACAAACUGAUGUUCCUGUACCGGAGCGGGGUGCACAACAUCGUGGAGGUGCCGACGCGGGCGCUGUUCGACGCGUGCAGCAUGCGGAACAUCACCAGCCGGUACCAGAACGGGCCGACCAUCAUCGAGCUCACCCAGCCGGGGCAGCGCUUCUACUUCUGCGGCGUCGGUGAGCACUGCGAGGUCGGGCAGAAGCUGGCCAUCAACGUCCUCCUCGUCGCGCCGCCGCCGCCCGACACGCCCAACUCCGCCGCGGCGGCCACCGCCCGGCUCUCCCGCCGCGCGGGCCUCGCCGCCGCCUGCCUGGUGGCCGCUCUGCUAAUGGCGGUCUGACUUAUGCGCAUAUAUAUACAUACAUCCAUGUAGUGAAACAGUGUCCGUCUGAAUAGGAAGGGAUCUUGGCUUCGGCUGCCCUGAAAUUUUGCUCUCUCCUGUUCAUCUGCUACUGUUGCCUCGUAUCGUCUCGGUCUCGGAUGAUUUCUGAUGCCCGAGCCACAGUCUGGGAAAUGCUUCGGCAACAAAGCAGGAACAGGUAAAUGGUGAAUGAAGAAAUAGGGGACUUUUUUCUUGAAGCCAGAAAUAAGGGUCUUGGUACAGAGGAACUAUAGUAACUGUAGGAAGGAUUGGGGAAAGCAAAAAGGAAUGAAAAGGAUUGGGGAUCAUACAUAGCAUGAGGACCCGUUCUGGAUUUGGAUCAAUAGUUCUGUUCCCAUUGAUCGCAAAAAAACAAAAAAAAAACUGUUCCUAUUGAUCGCAAAAAGAAAAAGUUCUGUUCCUAUUGAUUGCAAAAAAAAAAAGUUCUGUUCCUAUUUGGGCCAUGUCCCCUCCCGUCCACUGGGCCGUGUGCGUUUUCUCGCCUACAGGCCAGACAAGCCCCGCUAUAGUCUGUAUACGACGGUACGAGAUCGAGACGUAUUCCUCUAAAAAUACGACACGUAAUCACGUUUCACAUACUACAUCU